UGAGAAUGCAGACAAACAACCCUCGCCUCAACUUUCUUUCUCUUUUCUUUAAAGAUCUCCACGUCCUCCCUAGGAAUCUCCUCUCUUCAAUCUCUACAUCAUUUCUAGGACCAGAGUCGAUAAUCAAUUCACCAUGGACGCUAUCAAAGAGACCUUCAGGCGCUGCAAGGAGCAGAACAGGUCUGCGCUGGUAACAUAUGUCACUGCUGGCUACCCCAAGCCUGAGGACACACCCAGCAUCCUCCUGGCUCUCGAGAAGGGUGGCGCCGACGUUAUCGAAGUCGGUGCGCCGUUCACCGACCCAAUUGCCGACGGCCCUACUAUCCAGACUGCCAACACGAUCGCCCUCGAGAAUGGCGUCACAAUCGAGUCCACAUUGGCGAUGGUGAAGGAGGCCCGGUCUCGCGGUCUCAAGGCCCCCGUCAUGCUUAUGGGUUACUACAACCCUCUCCUAAGCUACGGCGAGGAGAGGCUGCUCCAAGACUGCCACUCCUCUGGUAUCAAUGGUUUCAUCGUCGUCGACUUGCCUCCCGAGGAGGCUAUUUCUUUCCGAAAGCUCUGCAACAAGGGCCGUCUCUCAUAUGUUCCUCUUAUCGCCCCUGCUACAUCAGAUACCCGAAUGAAGAUUCUCUGCCAGCUCGCCGAUUCAUUCAUCUACGUCGUCUCUCGUAUGGGCGUCACCGGCGCCACCGGCACUCUAAACGCGAAUCUUCCCGACCUUCUGGAUCGAGUGAAGAAGUACAGCGGCAACAAGCCCGCUGCUGUCGGUUUCGGUGUCAGCACUCGAGAGCAUUUCCUAAGUGUCGCUACUUUGUCAGACGGUGUCGUCGUCGGCAGUCAGAUCAUCACCACCAUUAAGAACGCCGCUCCUGGCCAGGCUCUUGCCGAUGUCGAGAAGUACUGUGCCUACCUAUCAGGCCGCGAUUCCGAUGAGAACACGAGAGAGGUCGGUCUAGUUGAGGCUGUUGCUGGGGCUAAGGAGCCCAGCGGCGAGAAUGUUACCGUCAGUGGUACCGUCACAGAUGCCGAUAUCACUGCUGAGGAGGACAGCGCCCUGGUUGCUCAGCUCGCUGCUCUUCACGGCAAGAUCCCCGAACGAUUUGGCGAGUUCGGUGGUCAGUACGUUCCUGAGAGUCUGAUGGACUGCUUGUCACAACUGGAGGAUGGAUUCAAUGCGAUUAAGGACGAUCCUUCUUUCUGGGAGGAAUACCGAUCCUACUACGAGUACAUGGGGCGACCCGGCCACUUGCACUUGGCUGAGCGACUCACUGAGCACGCUGGUGGUGCCAACAUCUGGCUCAAGCGUGAGGAUCUGAACCACACUGGUAGUCACAAGAUCAACAACGCUCUGGGACAGCUUCUCCUUGCUCGGAGACUCGGAAAGAAGCGUAUUAUCGCUGAGACUGGUGCUGGUCAGCACGGUGUUGCUACCGCUACCGUUUGUGCCAAGUUCGGCAUGGAGUGCACAGUUUACAUGGGAGCUGAGGACGUCCGACGACAGGCCCUCAACGUUUUCCGUAUGCGACUUCUCGGCGCCAAGGUUGUUGCUGUCGAAGCUGGCAGCAAAACUCUUCGAGACGCUGUCAACGAGGCCCUCCGCGCUUGGGUCGUUGACUUGGACACCACCCAUUACAUCAUCGGUUCUGCGAUCGGACCUCACCCCUUCCCCACCAUUGUCCGAACCUUCCAGUCAGUGAUUGGUAACGAGACCAAGCAACAAAUGCUCGAGAAGCGAGGCAAGCUUCCCGAUGCUGUUGUGGCCUGUGUUGGCGGUGGCAGCAACGCUGUCGGCAUGUUCUACCCCUUCGAGAAUGAGCCUACUGUCAAGCUUCUGGGUGUUGAAGCAGGUGGUGAUGGUGUUGACACCGCCAGACAUAGUGCCACUCUCACUGGUGGCUCCAAGGGUGUCUUGCAUGGUGUGAGGACAUAUGUUCUCCAGGACAAGCACGGCCAAAUCACGGAGACACAUUCCGUUUCCGCUGGUCUCGAUUACCCCGGUGUCGGCCCUGAGCUGAGCUCUUGGAAGGACAACGAGCGAGCCAAGUUCGUUGCUGCCACUGAUGCUGAGGCAUUCCUUGGUUUCAAGCUCAUGAGUCAGCUCGAGGGUAUCAUUCCUGCUCUGGAGACUGCUCACGGUAUCUUCGGUGCCAUUGAGCUUGCCAAGACAAUGGAGAAGGGCGAGGAUCUUGUCAUCUGCCUGAGCGGCCGUGGUGACAAGGACGUGCAGAGCGUCGCUGAGGAGCUGCCCAAGUUGGGCCCUAAGAUUGGCUGGGAUCUUCGUUUCUAAAUUAAAAGUGAUACCAUGUUUGGAUUAUGUAGCAACCAUUGAAAUGAUAGCAUGAACAAAAAAGUCUUUUUCUUUUCUCUAUCGUGGCUCUGGCGGGUUGGUGAUACAAAGGCUGGAAGGCGUUGAAAAUGGAGGGUUUUGAUACAUAUUAUACAUGAGAUAUUUUACACCGUAAUCUUUUGCUGG